AUGGCAGGACAGCUAACCCAGGUCGUCCAGGCAGCGGCCAAGCCGUUGCCAGAAAUCACAGAUCCAUUGUUUGGCCAAAUGUUUGACAGCUUUCGCAACUACAAAGUAGUACUGCUCGGAGACGGUAGCCAUGGAACGUCCGAAUUCUACCGUGCCAGAGCAGAAAUCACCAAACACCUGGUAGACCACCAUGGCUUCACCAUAGUGGCCCUGGAGGCGGACUGGCCUGAUGCCGAGGCAAUUGACCGCUAUGUCCGGCUACGACCCGGACCAAAAGGCCGCUUGGCAAGCAAGGGAAAGAACGAGCCUUUCAAGCGGUUUCCGACAUGGAUGUGGAGGAAUAGCGAGAUGCAAGAGCUUGUAGAAUGGAUGCGUGAUCGGAAUGCUAAAUUGGCGCCCGAAGAUAGAGCUGGAUUCUACGGGCUCGAUCUCUACAGCAUGGGUAGUUCUAUCCACUCGGUUAUUACCUAUCUGGACCGUGUCGAUCCAUCGGCAGGCAAGGAAGCUCGCCGCCGCUACGGCUGUCUCCAGCCCUGGGUGGAUGAUCCGGCAUCGUAUGGGCUUGCGUCGUUACGGGGCUUGGAGAAUUGUGAGACCCAGGUUGUUCAGAUGCUGAAAGAUAUUCUCCGACAUCGUUUGGAGUAUUCUGCAGACCAGCAUGACGGUGAGGAAUUCCAUAGCACCGAGCAGAAUGCUCAUGUGGUUCGCGACGCGGAAAAGUACUACAAGUCCAUGUAUUACAGCUCAGCAAGCUCCUGGACGCAGCGAGAUACACACAUGUUUGACACACUGGAUCGACUCUUCCGGUUCAAGCCCCAAAACAGCAAGGCAAUCAUCUGGGCCCAUAAUUCCCAUGUCGGAGAUGCCCGAUACACAAGUAUGGGCGAGCGACGGAAAGAGAUCAACAUCGGCCAACUGUGCCGCGAGAACUACGGCCGCGACAAUGUCGCUAUAAUCGGAUGUGGCACGCAUACGGGAACUGUGGCGGCUGCUCACGAGUGGGAUGAGGACAUGGAAGUCAUGGACGUCAACCCAUCGCGACCAGACAGCUGGGAAUACAUUGCCCACGGUACCGGUAUCCCCAGGUUUGUGCUCGAUCUGCGACCUGGCUAUGCCAGCUUGGAUCUCCGCAAAGCGUUUGAGCAAGAACGGCCCCGACUGGAGCGGUUCAUAGGGGUCAUCUACCGGCCAGACACGGAGCGCAUCUCGCACUAUUCACAGGCCUAUCUUCACGACCAGCUGGACGCAUACGUUUGGUUCGAUGAAAGUUCGGCGGUGAAUGCCCUCGAAAAGGUGCAGCCAUUCACCCCUCUGGGCAGAGAAGAAACCUAUCCUUUUGGGUUGUAA